UCGGACACCGGACACAAAGGCUGCUUGGGGCCUCCCCUCCUAAACCUGUGGCUGGCUCUGGCUUGGUGGGAGGCGCUGAGAAAGCAGAGAGUUCGAGGCCCAGCUAUCUCGGCCUCGGCUUUCCUCCUCUAGCCUUGUUACCGAUCUGGGACGCAAGAGGCACCGCGCAGGGCUGGGGUCCAGGCUGGCUACGGAGGUGGGGACUUCGGCCCUGCAUGGAGCAGGAGGGGGCGCGUCUGCGCGUUUGGAGGAAACACUCUAUCCUUUCCUUUUCUGAUCCAGUCACCCGACAGAACCGCGUUCUGACGUGUGGACCCACAGUAACCACUUUAGGCUCCUAUGAGGUAUCUGAGGGUUGUGAGAGGAAGAAAGGCCAACGCUGGGGGUCCCUGGAACGUCGUGGGAUGCAAGCCAUGGAAGGGGAGGUAUUACUCCCAGCUCUCUAUGAGGAGGAAGAGGAAGAAGAAGAGGAGGAAGAGGUAGAAGAAGAAGAACAAGUACAGAAAAGUGGCAGUGUGGGCUCCCUGUCACUGGGCAAGCACCGGGGCCUAAGCCUCACAGAGACAGAGCUGGAGGAGCUGAGGGCACAGGUGCUCCAGCUGGUGGCAGAGCUGGAGGAGACCCGUGAGCUGGCAGGGCAGCAUGAGGAUGACUCCCUGGAGCUGCAAGGGCUCCUGGAGGAUGAACGGCUGGCCAGUGCCCAGCAGGCAGAAGUGUUCACCAAGCAGAUCCAGCAGCUCCAAGGUGAGCUACGGCAUCUACGGGAGGAGAUUUCCUUGUUAGAGCGUGAGAAAGAAAGUGAACUUAAAGAAAUAGAACAGGAGUUGCAGUUGGCCCAGACCGAGAUCCAGAAUCUGCGGCAAGCUGCAGCAGAUUCUGUGAGUGAACAUGAGAGUGACAUGGCAUCCCUGCAGGAGGAUCUCUGCCGAAUGCAGAAUGAACUUGAGGACAUGGAACGCAUUCGGGGGGACUACGAGAUGGAGAUUGCCUCGCUCCGUGCAGAAAUGGAAACAAAGACCUCUGAAUCAACCAGUAGUCCUACGGACUUUAGUGGGUUGCAAGAAGAAUUACAGCAACUGCGGGACCGCUACCAAUUCCUGAAUGAGGAGUACCGGACCCUGAAGGAGAGCAACAGCAGCCUCACAGGGCAGCUAUCCCAGCUGGAGAGUGAGAGGACACGAAAAGCAACAGAGAAGUGGCUGGAGUGUCAAACAGCAAAGAGUAUGAUAUCGUCAGAGUCUCAGACCUCAGAAGUGGAUUUCCUAGAGCCUGAUCCUGAAAUGCAUUUGUUGCGCCAGCAGCUGCUAGAUGCUGAGCAGCAGAUGCAUAACAUGCAGAGUAAGUGUAAGGAAUUGUGUUGUGAGUUGCAAGAGCUACAGCAUCAUCGCCGUGUCAGCGAGGAGGAGCAGAAGCGGCUGCAGAAGGAGCUCAAAUGUGCCCAGAAUGAGGUGCUUAGGUUUCAGUCAUCUCACACGGUCAUGCAGGAGUUAUUAUGCCGGCUCCAGAAGAUGCAAGUCCAGCACCAGAACAUCUCAAGUGAGAAGGAAAAGCUACUGGAAGUGCAGCAUCAGCUGCAGGAGAAGCUGCGGUGCCAUGAGGCAGAGUUGCAGCACCUUCGGAAUAUUGUGGCCUCCUUGCAAGAAAGUGAUGAAAAGAACAAAAAGAUUCAAGUCCAGUUUCGUGAGGUGAAGCAGCUGUACGAGUCUAGCACGAAUGAGCUGGAGCAGCAGAAGCACAUGUCCAACCAGCUAGAGCAGGACCUCCUGCUCUGCCAACUGGAACUAAAAGAGCUCAAGAACACCCAGAACAUUCCUGAGGACAAGGGAAAGUGUUUCAAUAAGUGUGGUGCACUGGUGUCCAAGCUGACAGAAUUGCAGGACAAGUUCAAGGUCAGCCAGAAGGAGAUGGGGCAGCUGCAGAUGGAGCAGUGUGAACUCCUGGAGGAUCAGAGGAGGCUGCAGGAGGAGCAGGGCCAGCUGCAGGAAGAGUUGCACAGGCUCAUAUACCCCACACCCAAGUGUGGCCUCUUCAAUAAGAGUCAGGAGCUGCUUGCAAAGUUACAAGACCUAUGUGAGCUGCAGCUGCUCUACCAAGGCAUGCAGGAGGAACAGAAAAAACUGAUACAGAACCAAGAGUGUGUAUUAAAAGAACAGUUAGAGGCACAUGAAGAGCUACGAGGUCUCAAAGAGUCUCAUUUCCAGGAAGUAUUGGAGAAUCCUGAGGAUGCCAAAAAGCAUAAGUUCUCAAAUUCUGGUCAGAACAAGUCCAAGUUGCUCCUGGAGGAUCUACAGGCUCUGAAGGCGCUGUAUAUCUCCAGUCAGAAGGAACAGGAGCUAUUGCAGCAGGAGCAUGGGAGGCUCCUAGAGGAGCGGAAGAGGCUGCAGGCAGAGAUGCAGCUCUGCCUGGAAGAAAUGCAGCUGCUCCAAGUGCAGUCCCCCUCAAUAAAAAUGAGCCUUGAGUCCUGCAAGAAGAACUCUGACAGUGUGAUUCCCAGCAGUGAGAACUUUCACAGGAGUUAUGCAAGCACCAUUGAUGGCAAGGAAAGUUUUCUUAAGAAUUAUGGUACCAGCCAGGCCAGCAGUGAGUCCUUCCUCAAGAGCUAUGCCAGCACUAUGGGUGCCAGUGAGACUUUUGCAAAGAGUUACCUCUCCAGUGGCAGCAGCAGCAUCUCUAAGAAGAGUUAUGGCACCACCAGUAGUUCUAACAGUUAUCAUAAGAGUUAUAUCAGCAGCAUCGCUGAUGAGGAACCAGUUGUGCCUGAAGACAUGGAGCACUUUGAAACGGUGGCCAAGGUGCUGACCAAGCUGCAGGCAGUGCAGGCCCUGUACCAGGUGAGCCAAGAGGAACAUUCCCGACUGCAAGAGCAGAUGAGCACGCUGGUGGACCAACAGAAAUCGCUGAGGGAAGAGCUGGAGACCUGCGAAAAGGAAUUCAAGGAGUGCAUAGAAAGCCUGGAGAAAUCUGCAGCCCCCCAGAACGACAGGAGUGAGAUCAAAGAACUGCAGACCAAGCUGCGGGAGCUGCAGCUGCAGUACCAGGCUAGCAUGGAUGAACAGGGGCGGCUCCUGGCAGUGCAGGAGCAGCUGGAGGGGCAACUGCAGUGCUGCCAGGAAGAACUCCACCAGCUUAAAGAGAGAAAGUCGUCCUAUGUUGGCAAAGAGGCCAGGGGAAAGAAUGGCAAUAAGAACAUGAACAAGAAUGCCAACGGGGUUGAAAAGAAAAAGGUGACCAAGCCAUCCUAUGACAAUUCUGAGGGCAACUUUGAGAACACAAAGUCUCUGGAGGUGGUACUGUACUACACGGCUAGCCAGAGCCAAUUAGAUGAGCUAGCAAAAGAGGAGGAAAAGAAAGAGGAGGUGGGAGAGCCAAAACAGGAAGAAACAAAAGAGGAAACCAUGGAGCUUCACUCAGAUGAGCUAGCUACUGAGCCAACAGAUACUAAGGAGGCUAAGACAACAGAAGAUCACGAGGAAGAAAAUGAAGAGUACAGUGAACAGAAGAAGGAAGAAGAUAAUGAAGAAGACGAUGACAAUGACUCUUCCCCUGAGACUUCUGAGGAAAACAACCCUCUUAAACUUUCUGAAAGUAAAAAGCCAUCCCCUGCCCCCGAUCCCCCCAUCUUCUCUUUGCCUCUUGUAGGCCUGGUGGUCAUAUCGGCUCUGCUCUGGUGCUGGUGGGCUGAGACAUCAUCCUAACGCAGGUACUGGUAUUGCUUCCUCCUCUUUCCUCUCAGCUGCUUGCUUCUUGCUUUGGCCACUAUACAACAGGUGAUGCUCAGGUCUGUUUUACCUCGGCUUUUCCUCCAGCUGUCACAAUGCCUAUAACUUCUCGAGCAUGUCUUCAUGGAGUACAGAAUGCACAGGAAGUUGGAAUGUUUACUAAAGGCAUGGUUUGAGUUUCUAUCCUUUGCUGGGAAAAAGUUGGAUUAACCCAGCACUGUUGCUACUAUCAAAACUGCCCAACUACUUCUGAUGAGCUGAUGUUUGUCUGAAAGGCUGCCUUGGGCUCUCUUUGUCUUUUUUAACCCCCAAGCCAAUUUCUCAUCAUUGCUUCUAUGCAGGAUGACAAAAUAAGGAGUCACUCCCUCUUCCCAUGGAGGGGGAAGGGGUUAGAAGAGCUUUAAUUCUUCUGAUCUCCCCAGGAGCAUUCAAAUGAGAGCAACCUAAAUUGAUCCUUCAACCUUGAUGAAAGUGGAACUGAACCCCUAACCAUAUUGUGCACCUUGUCUUGAAAAGUUCUCUGGUUUGGGUACUUCUAGUCUUCAGAAAAAUUAGAAAAGAAUACCAGGAAAUAUUUUUUAGUUCUCUGAUUAUCCCUUUUGGAGGCCAGAUUCCAUUGUAAUUGAUUUCCUAAGCUAAGUUUUCUAAAGAGAAUACAGUACUAAUGAAAAGUUUGUACUAGCUACAGAUGUAAGUAUUCUUAGGAAAUCAAGACUGAUACAUUCUGGGCACCUCCCAGUUGGCCCCAGUUCAUGUAAUCUUAUCUGUCAAUGGAAUACCAAAUUCAUGAGGCAGAUUGUGGUCUCAUGGCCCUGGGGUUCCACCUGUUUUCUGGAACCCAUACACUAUUCCUUCUUGUUCUGUUUUGCCUCCAAUCUCAUGUUCUCCCUGCCGCUUUCCCUCCCCUAUCCUCUCUUCUCACAUCCCUGUAAGUGAGGUGUAGUUGGCUUAAGGCAUAGGUUUGGAGGGGCAGCCGAAGCAUUUUUUGAUGGUACCUCUCACCGUUUCCCUUGCUGUCCCUCCUUUUUUCUCUUUCCUAUUAUACUUCAUGACAGUCUUUAGCUUCUUUAGUGACAGCAGUCUCUCCUUACAUCUUUUCCUCCACUGCACACCCUCAGAUGUCUUCAGUACCUAUAAAGUAAGACCCAAAGCACCCAGCUGUAGCCUCUCACCAGACCCUAUCAGAAUGAGAGGAAAGAAUUGUUGCCUAAAGUUCCUUUCACAGCAGCCUCUUAUUCCCAGAGCUCUAGUUAAGCUCUGACUUGAGGUAGCAUAGUGUAGUAGAAUGUGUGACUGACAAGUGGUGAGGAGAGCUUGGUCGAGUCUAUCUUUUCUUACAAAGCUUUGUCUCAGCAAAAUGUGUCAUCUGAACUUAAUUUCCUCAAAUAUAUUAUGUUUGACUAAGCUCUGUGUUCCUAACCAGGCUUCUAUGAGGAUCAGAUAAGUGAAUGUAUAUGAAAGUACCAUAAAGUAUCAAUAACAAAAAGAGCAUAAACUUAUAUAAUACAUACUGUGUGUUGGACACCCAUAUAGCACUACAUAUAUUAAUUAAUUUGAUCUUUACAGCAACCCUAGGAGGAAGCUCUACUAUUGUCAUUUUAAACAUGAUAAAACUGAGGCAUAGAGAGGUGACUAAAAGCCUGGAAAUUGUGAAUUGGAUUUUAAGGACUUAAUAUUAGCUACAGAUAAAAACUCUAAUUCCAUUUUUUUCCCAUUUUGAGCACUUUUCUCUAGUUGGCUCCAAGUAGCAGGAAGAUGCCAUAUACUUCUGUUUAUGCAACCUCAAAUCUCAUUAGCUUUUUUGGUAACUAAUGUCAUCGAUUUGCUUCAUGUCUUGUUUAUAAAACCCCUUUGUACAUUGCUUAUGCUAAGCAUCACCUUCUGAUUCUGUACUAGCAUUUGAUUGUUUUGGAUCCAAAGGCAGAAAUUUCCUUUUAUCCAUAUCAGAUAUAGUCCAUUGUUCUAACCUAUGGAGUGUUUUGUUUGUUUGUUUGUUUUUAUCUUGGCCCUCUGUUUUCAAAAUAUUGACUUUCCUUGUCAGCUCCAUGUUAUCCUCAGGGGUGACAAGCCCACCAGGAGGACUUUAUCCUCCUGAUGACUUCAUCCAAGUCACAAGCAAGGACCCAAGCCGGGAGUGGUGGUGCAUAUCUGUAAUCCCAACUCCUUGGAAGGCUGACACUGGAGGAUCAUAGGUUUCAAUCCAGCCUGGGCAACUUUGUGAAAUCCUGUUUCAAAAUAAAAAAUAAAGGCUGGGGAUGUAACUCAGUGGUAGAGUGCCUCUGGGUUUAAUCCCUAGUACCGAAAAAAAAAAAAAAAAAAAAGAAAGAAAAGAACAGAACAGUGGGUAUCCAACUUCUAGGGUGCCAGUUCUCUUUUAUUUAGCUUAUUGACCACUUAACAAAUGGUCAUCCUAAUCUUAUUUCCUCAUGUUAUCUGCAAGAAUUUUAAGAAAAAUCUUGUCAAACACCUUGGUUAAGUCUCAAAACAUGAUUUCCUUGAUCUAUCAAUUUAAUAAUGCAGUGCAGAAGCCUGCAAUUUCUAGAAGCCUGUGAUUUCUUGAAGCCUAUAACUUCCUCCUUUGGAAAACCCAAACCAUUCCUUUGUGUCCAGUCCAGAAUCUUGAUUCUGCUCAAUGUAUGUAUAGUGCACCAGUUAGCAUUUAUGGAUUUCAGCUCUUUCCUCCUUUAAGAACAUUAGACUGACAUUUUUAGCAAUGUGCAUCAGGAUAUUAACAUCUAUGCAUGUAAACAUUUUUCCUAGCACCCUUCUCAGUUAUUUUCUUUGUAGAUUAGUCUGUAUAUGCACUUCCAACAUUAUUUUUGCUUUCUAUUAGAUAUUUCUUGUUCCACCGUGUAACUAUUUCUACAAAUUUAGAGGAUUUUCUUUGUUAUUUAUAGUUAUCUUAAAAUCUUUGUUUUAGAUCAGUUAUUCUCUGAGCAAAUGUAUUCUUAUUAAUGGAUUUUAUUCCAUCUUUACCAAAAGACAUCCUUUUACUUUAUGCCAUAGCUCUUGACUCAAUAUUAAAAUUUCAUCUUUCACAUAAUAAGUAAAAAGAGUAACAAAAAUGGGAACUAUUUCCCCAAGUAUGUAUUUUCUUAUCUGAGGUUUCAUUUCUUAAAGGGUAUUUUGUGGAUCUCUUCUGAUGGUGUUAUUUGUUGCCCAUGAAUCAGCAGAGUUCUCCAGUGGCCAGCAGUGUGUAGAAGGCUCAGCAUACUACAACACAUGUGCUAGGAAGCCAGUCCACACUCUUUUGACAUUUGCUUCUCAGGGCAAUUAACACUUCCCUUGAAUUUCCUUGAACUGACAUCCUUCUGUGCAUAAGGUCUGGCUGUAUAAAGGACCUCCUGUGCACUUGUACUCCUUCACUUCCCUUCCUUCCUCUUGGCUCUGAGUUGUUUCUCCUUCACAAAGCUUACUAGGAAAGGCCACUUUCCCUGAAGAUCCAGCUUUACCCUCUCCCUUCUUGCUACAGCAUCUACCCUUUCUCAAGCAUCCUCAUGGAGAAUCUGCAAUCUGGCCCAUGAGCUUGCCUCCACAUUUAAGGACCAGUAUUCUCAUUCUUUGGGGAGAAAGGAAGACUUACACACAAGUGUCACCUGAGGUGACAUGUACAGUGUUGCACCCCAUAUCUAGUGUCAGGAAGAAGAGACCAUGUGAUCUCCACCGCUUACCUGGGAGGUGAGAGAAGCUGAACCAUGAUGUUCCUGAGGUGUCCCUUUCUGGCACAAGCCGGCAGGUGAUUUCUGGCUUUGGGAAGGGUUCAGAAGGCUGGAAACUCACGUUUUUCUUUGGUCCCCACAGAACAUGUUUGGGAUGUGGAAGCCUAUGGCAUUCUUGGCUAUUGCAGCUGUGGCUCUGUAUGUGUUACCCAGCAUGCGACCGCAGGAGUCAGAGUUCUGCCUCAUGGAGUGAUGGCAGACCUGGGCCAGCCGAAAGGGCAGAUCCCCAGGAGCCACCACCCUCACCUUUGGGCAGGACACACUAUGCCAGAGCUCCCACCUCAUUCAUGUCCCAUGUGUCCCCACCCAUCUCCUUAGCCUCAGCCACUGAAGCUGGAAAGGCUUAUGGGAGCUUCUGUCUCCCAUCUCCUGCCUUGUAUAAGAUCCUGGGUUCCUUGUAAUUAAAUAUCAACCCAAUUA